AUGGAGCCCCUGACGUCCAUGCCGAACCUGCCUCACUUUCGCGCCAACAAGCCUAAGCUGAGAGGACGGGGAGGCGACUUCAGGUUUACGGAAGGAACCCCAUUCUUCGAGCAGGUCCCACAGCAGCAAGUACUCCUGGCGCUGCAGCACAAGACGGCUUCCACCUCGCUCGGCAUCCGUCGAGGAACGGCGCCCACGACGGGAAGAUCACAGCCCCUCCUGGGCGCUGGAGCAGGGGCGCCCACGGCCGGCUUCGUGACAAACUCCGGCCUCGUGCUGCAGUUCGACGCGUAUUUCAAGGAGGCGGUGGACGAGUCGCCGCUGGAGAACCACCGUGUUCGAAAAUGCAAGAUCUUGGUCUACCUGGAGGACUCGUCGGUGCAGAUCGACGAGUACCGACAGGAAAACAGCGGGAUGCCCCAGGGGACGUUGGUCAAGCGACAUCAAAUACCCUACCCUGAGGGGAGACCUGGGACUUACACUGUAGACGACAUCGCCGUCGGAGGCACGAUCGAGGUCUACGGCCGGCGGUUUCACGUGGUGGACGCCAACGGCACCACUCGCCGGCUUCUCCAGGAGCGUCUGGGGCGGUUCGAGGCGCCGGCGAUACCGUUCCCGGUCGACCGCUACUCAGUGGAGCGCAAGGAGUUCAUGUCGCGGCAGACGGGGUGUGAUCCCACCGUCCAGCACAAGAUUAUCAAGAACGACAUGAAAGUCUUCGCGGAGGCAACCCUGGGGAACACGGUAGACAACAGCAAGAGGGCCGGCUUCAUCAAGUACGACCGCAACGUGCUGCGGUUUCAGGCGGUGUGGGACGACCGCGAGAGUCUGUACGGCGACAUACAGCGGUUUGAGAUGCACUAUUUCCUGGCGGACGACACGAUCGAGAUCCGAGCCGUGCACGGCCCUAACUCUGGGAGGGACCCCGUUCCGGUGAUGGUGAAGAGGGGAAGGAUCCCCAAGUCGAUCACCGGGGGCGCUAAGAGCGAGGCAUAUCACUGGAGCGACUUCGACAUCGGGGUGGAGCUGAAUGUGUACGAGCGGCCGCUGGUUCUCGUGGACGCCGACGGCCACACCAGAGAGUUCUACAACACCAAGGGCGUUCAUCUGGGCGACCCGAUCCUCCCGCCGCCGGUGUCCGUUCCCGUCGUCGAGCCCCCCCUGCUCCCUCCGUCUGUGGACAGCUUCACUGGAGGCGACGACGAAGACGAGCUGGCGUCGCGGUCGACCUCGCUCAUCCCGAGUCCGCCGCGAAAGAUUAGGGGCGAGGACGUCAUGUUCCGGUACACGGCCGAGCUCAAGACGGGCGUUCCGGAAGACGAAGGGAGGCGUUUCAUCAUCACGUACUUCAAGGCGGAUCGUACGGUGGUUGUGAGGGAGCCCCCCAAGAGAAACAGCGGCAUCAUAGGCGGCAACUUCCUCAGCCGCAUGAAGGUGCGGGACGCGUCGGGCAACGUCAUCACCGAGUGCUCCUUCUACGUCGGCGCGGAGGUGACCUUCCACGGCCAUUGCUUCCGAGUCACGGCCGCGGAUGACAAGACCCUGCGAAGCAUGGAGGAGAGGGCCAAUGCCCCCGGCGGUUUCAUCCACUCGGACCCCGUCAAGGCUGCGGAGAACCUAGCCAGCUGGGUCGACGGGCGGACCGACCAAGUCAGAGCGUUUCUCCGCGAGCGUGAUCUCAAGGGAACGGGCCAAGCGUCCAGGCCAGAUCUUCUUCGGGCGCUCGAAAUCGCCGGAGGGGUGGAGUUAGGGCCGGCGACGCCGGAGCAGGCGGUCAUCACCCUCAUGCGCGCGGCGGGCGGCGACUCGUCUUCGGCGCCGUACGAAGCGCUCGUGGACAGACUGGUCGAGCCCGGCGGGUUCCAGCAAGGACUGUAG